ACAAGUGGAACCACCUAUCUUAUUCUACUCUUAUCUAACAAUGCCUGCUACAAAAGCCACCAAAGUUUUUCAACUUAACGACGAAACCUCCAUCCCAGGCGUAGGUCUUGGAACAUGGCAGUCUACCAAUGACGAAGUGUACAAUGCAGUCUUAACAGCAUUGAGAUAUGGUUACAGACAUAUUGAUACUGCUGCAGCCUACGGCAAUGAAAGUGUCAUCGGUAGAGCCAUCAAAGACUCCGGUAUUCCACGUGAAGAAUUAUACAUCACCACAAAGUUGUGGUGUACCAAACAUGACAACCCUGAGGCUGCUCUUGACGAAUCUUUGUCCAACUUGGGAUUGGACUAUGUGGAUUUGUACUUGAUCCAUUGGCCAGUUUUCUUGAAUCCUAAUGGUAACGAUCCCAAGUUCCCUACUUUGCCCAACGGUAAACGUGACAUUGUCACCGACUGGAAUUUUGUAAAGACUUACGAAUUACUUCAACCAUUGGUUGCAUUGGGAAAGACCAAGUCAAUUGGAGUCUCGAACUUUUCUGUGACCAACUUGGAAAAGCUCUUGAAUGCUCCAACCACCAAGAUUGUUCCAGUCGUCAACCAGGUCGAAUUGCACCCAUACUUGCCCCAGCAACAGUUGUUGGAAUACACCAAGAAGCAUGGUAUUGUGUUGGAAGCGUACUCUCCAUUGGGAUCUACCAACUCACCUCUUUUCAAGGACGAAACCGUAGUCAAGAUUGCCGAAAAGAAUGGAGUCUCUCCAGCAACCAUCUUGAUCUCGUGGGCUCUAUGGAGAGGAACUGUAGUUUUGCCCAAGUCUGUUACUGAGUCAAGGGUCCAAAGUAACUUCGAAGUCAUCAACUUGAGCGACGAAGACGGCCAGACAAUUGACAACAUCCACAAGGUCAAAGGAGUUCACAGAUUCAUCAAUCCUAACUGGGAUCCUGUCGUUGUCUUUGACGCGGAUUCCAAGUUGUAGACCAGAUACAAGUUAAAGUAGUAGAACCACAAGUAAAAUGGUUAAGAAACGGAUAUACAUUUAUAAUAGUCUGAAUAGAAAUAAAUAGAAAGAACGUAAGCACGGAGCUUGAAGCUAAAGAUACAGGAGGUGAACAAUUUGCAAGAAAAUACGAGAGAUAGUAGCUAUCUACUGAUCCAACAAUUUCACGUAGUUGGAUGGACAGAUCCCGACCUGCCCGUUGGAUCUUCUGGCCUGCCACCACUUGCCGUCUAUGUCAUCGACCUCCAAGACCUCAUCCUUGAUAAAGGAGAUUUCGUUUAUGUCGUCUGGAUUGGCAUCGUAGCUGUACAAGGCCUUGGCUUUAUAUCUAAAAGUUAUUCCUACGUGAUUCGAAGCUUGAUCACUAAACACGCCGUUCUUCACUGGAUUACUGGCUGUGACAUUGUUGUUAUUGUUGGUCAAGUCUCUUGAUUGUCUUGACUGUCUAACAUCUGAGCUGGAGAAGUUUUCCAAGCCGUUGAGUUGAGACGACGACAUGUACUUGUUGGUAGUCAACUGGGACUGUCUUACGUUGUUUCCUUCGAACUGGGCAUUGGUUUGAGAACGAGGCAUGACAGGGUUGACGUACUUUCUGUAUUCUUCAUCUUCUUCCUCAGUUUCCUCUAAUCUGUUGGCACCACGAGACGAAGAGAUAUGGCCGUGGUUAUGGUUGUGAGAUUUGAGGGAAAACGAGUCGAUGAACUGGUUGGUGGGCGAUUCUGGAUGGCCUCCAAAAUAUAAGAUCCAAAUCAAGUUGAGGAUCGACAACAAGAUGCAGCCGGCAGCACAGGCCAAGUUCCCGGAGCUAUUGGAGUUGUAGAUGACCUGAUUGAUGGUAUUGGUGGUGUAUACAAAGGCAACUGAAACCAAACCGACCAAGGUAAACUUGUAUAGUUCGAUGUUGUUGUUCAAGUACAAGAAGAACACCACCACGAUGAUGAGGAUCUGGUACACUAUCCCCCACCACGAGAAACGGGGGAACUUAGAUUGGUUAGAGGCAGCAGCACCAGCAAGAGCUACAAUCCACGAUAUGACCCCGUACGAGAUGGUUGUGAUCGCAAACGGGUCGCUAGUGAAGUUGGACAAGGACAUAGGCAUUUUGUGAGGGGCUACGUUGAUCUUCUGACGUGGAAUAGGUGUUGAAAAUGGUUGGUGUUAAGGAAAAAUUGAGAUCGCGGGAUAUAUCGACAAGAAAAUUGAAUGAUUUUGAUAUUUCGGCCCGUUCUUCGACUUUUUUGUUUUUCAGGUUGUUGUCAGUGAUGUGCUGAUUAAGUUUUGAUGCUUAUGGUAUACACCAGUCAGCGUAACGGUGUG